AUGGGUUCAGAAACAAGCAACAAAUCUUAUCCUCUUCACUUUGUUCUCUUCCCUUUCAUGGCUCAAGGCCACAUGAUUCCCAUGGUUGAUAUUGCAAGGCUUUUGGCUCAGCGAGGUGUGACCGUAACAAUUGUCACAACGCCUCACAAUGCAGGGAGGUUCAUGAAUGUUAUAAGCCGUGCCAUUGAUUCUGGCUUGCCCAUUAACAUAGUGCAUGUGAAGUUUCCGCAUCAAGAAGCUGGUUUGUCGGAAGGACAAGAGAAUGUCGAUUUACUUGACUCGUUAGGGCUCACGAUACCUUUCUUGAAAGCUUGUAACACGCUUGAAGAACCGGUCCAGAAGCUCAUGGAAGAGAUGAGUCCUCCACCAAGCUGUCUGAUUUCUGACAUUUGUUUGCCUUAUACAACCAAACUCGCCAAGAAUUUCAAUAUACCAAAGAUCCUCUUCAGUGGCAUGUCUUGCUUUUGGCUUCUGUGUAUGCAUGUUUUACGCAUGAACCCUGAGAUCCUGGAGAAUUUAAAGUCAGACCAGGAGUACUUCGUCGUUCCUUAUUUUCCUGAUAUAGUUGAAUUCACAAGACCUCAAGUUCCAGUCGAAAAAUCUUCUCCUGAAGAGUGGAAUGAGUUCACGGAGGGUUUGAAAGAAGCGGACAAGACAUCCUAUGGUGUGAUAGUCAACACAUUUCAAGAACUCGAACCCGCUUAUGUCAAAGACUACAAGGAGGCAAGGUCCGGUAAGGCAUGGUCCAUUGGACCCGUUUCCUUGUGCAACAAGGCAGGAGCAGAUAAAGCUGAGAGGGGAAACAAAUCAGACAUUGAUCAAAGCGAGUGCCUUAAAUGGCUUGAUUCUAAAGAGGAAGGGUCGGGGCUAUAUGUUUGCCUUGGAAGUAUUUGUAAUCUUACUCUGGCUCAACUCAAGGAGCUCGGGCUAGGUCUAGAGGAAUCCAAAAGACCUUUUAUUUGGGUCAUUAGAGGUUGGGAGAAGUAUAAAGAGCUAGCUGAGUGGAUAUCGGAAAGCGGUUUAGAAGAAAGAAUCAAAGACAGAGGACUCAUCAUCAAGGGAUGGUCUCCACAAAUGAUUAUCCUUUCACAUCCUUCUGUUGGAGGGUUCUUAACGCACUGUGGAUGGAACUCGACUCUAGAAGGAAUUACAUCUGGUCUACCGCUUCUUACAUGGCCGCUAUUUGUUGACCAAUUCUCCAAUGAGAAAUUGGUUGUGCAGGUACUAAAAGUCGGUGUCAGAGUCGGGGUUGACCAGCCUAUGAAUUGGGGAGAAGAGGAGAAGAUAGGCGUGUUAGUGGAUAAAGAAGGAGUGAAAAAGGCAGUAGAAGAAUUAAUGGGUGAUAGUGAUGAUGCUAAGGAGAGAAGAAAAAGAGUUAAAGAGCUUGGAGAAUUAGCUCACAAGGCUGUGGAGGAAGGAGGCUCUUCUCAUUCCAACAUCACCCUGCUCUUACAAGACUUAAUGCAACUAUCACAAUCCAAGAAUUGA